AAAAAAAAAAAAAACACAACAAACCACCAAGAUCAAUAUGGCCGAACUCGAACAAGGGAUCGCCAAACUGGACAUCACCACCGUACACAUCGACGAGUCCAGAGGAUCAGACACUGACGGAGACGGAACCCAGAGUGCACCCUACCAAUCCAUCCUAGCCAGCUACAUCGCAAGGGGCACGACCACACUCGAAUGCAUGGUCUACAAGCAAGCCGAGCCAGCCGAACAGGGGGGCUGCUACCAACCAGCCAGCGCAACUGCACUCAAACGAGCCAAGAAGGCAUACGACAUUCACAUCAAGAAGGCUGCCAAACAAAACAACAACAACACCCUACAACAACAACAACAACAACAACCUAGCAAGGAUCAGCAGAAACUCGACGAGGAGCAAAAACUCAAUCAGGCUCGUCAGAUCAUCCUACAAGAAACCGAAGGGACUGCCAAACGUAUCAAGAUCCAGCAUGCCCUCGAGAAUCGUAACAUCAAAGUCAGACUGUUCGGUUGGGUACACAGGUUAAGGCAACAGAAAGGUCUCAUCUUUGUCGUCUUGAGAGAUGGCACCGGAUUCUUACAAUGUGUACUAACCGGAAAAUUGGCUCAAACCUAUGAUGCUCUAACCCUAACCACCGAAUCGACGAUCCAAUUGACCGGGAAAGUGGUAGCGUUACCCGAAGGAAAGAGUGCGCCAGAGGGACACGAGUUACAGGUGGAUUGGUGGUCGAUCGUCGGAAGGGCACCCGGAGAUGCGGAGGCAUUCAGCAACCAGAUCUCAGAGGACUCCGGCCCCGACACCCUCGCCGAUCGUCGUCAUCUCGUCAUCCGUGGGGAGACCGCCUCGAGCGUACUCAAAGUCCGCUCAGCCCUCCUAGACGCAUUCCGCAAAUCUUAUGCCAAGAUCUCCAUGGUCGAAGUCACGCCUCCAUGUAUGGUCCAGACUCAAGUCGAGGGCGGUUCGACUCUAUUCGAAUUCGGAUACUACGGCGAGAAAGCCUACCUUACCCAAAGCUCUCAACUCUAUCUGGAGACUUGUUUGCCCAGCUUAGGAGACUGUUUCUGUAUCCAAGAGAGCUUCCGAGCUGAGAAAAGUAAAACUCGUCGACACUUGAGUGAAUAUACCCAUCUCGAAGGCGAAUUAGCCUUCCUUACUUUCGAAGACUUGUUAGCUCACAUUGAAGAAUUAAUCUGUUCGACGUUGAGUAUCUUGCUCGAAGAUCCGAAGAUCAAAGGCUUAGUCGAGAGUUUGAACCCGAGCUUCCAGAUGCCGAUUCGGCCGUUCAAGCGGAUGGAGUAUCGGGAGGCGAUAGACUGGUUGAAUGGGCGGGGGAUUGAGAAGAGUAUGGAGGAUGGAGGGGGGGCGUUUACGUAUGCGGAUGAUAUUCCAGAGGCCCCGGAGCGACUGAUGACGGACACCCUCGGGGUGCCGAUCUUCUUGAUCAACUUCCCCAAGGAAAUCAAAGCCUUCUAUAUGAAACGGAUCCCCGGGAACGAGAACUUCACCGAGAGCGUCGACGUCCUCAUGCCCGGUGUCGGCGAAAUCGUGGGCGGGUCGAUGAGGAUGACCGGCUAUGAGGAACUUCUCGCCGCUUAUAAGGGCGCUGGAAUCCCCGCCGAUCCUUAUUAUUGGUACACCGAUCAACGCAAGUACGGCACGUGUGAACACGGAGGCUACGGAUUAGGAGUCGAACGGUUCUUGGCGUGGUUGUUGGGUCGCCCACAUGUCCGAGAAUGCUCCUUAUAUCCACGAUACACGGCCCGUUGCACCCCCUAGAUCAGCUCUUCGAUCACACACACAUAUAUAUAUGUAUGUGGUUCUGGGACCUUCUUGAUCUCUUGGGCCAUCUCUUCAUGACAAGUUUGUUCGUUUUGACUUGACUCACUUCUGUUUUGGAACAUCCUUGCUCGUCCCAUCUUUCAUCUCCCUCCUCUCUCUUUUAUUUCGAGAAAGAAAAAAAAAACAAUAUUGUUUAGUGAGAAUCCCUGAUUGUCUUCGCCUCAUACUCACUUAAUAUGCUUUGUCUCGAACAUAUACACGAUACCAAUAUCUUGGGUAACUCCCUUAACACCUCCAUAGGCCUAUGCAUAAGAUCUUCCUAAUUCUAAUCCUUGGCCCGGUGCCC